AUGUCUUCCAAUAAUGACCCUGUUGCAAUUCCAAUGAUAGAAAGAAAUCCCAAUGACCUUCCUGGAAUGGACACCAAUACACCAGCCAAGCGCAGGCCAAAGCGUGCCAGAGCAGCCAGCCCAGAGCGAGGAGGAGGGAGCAAGAAGAAGGGCCAGAAGAAGGGAGGGUCCACGUGUCCUCGGUCCUUUAAGAAGCCUUUGACUUCCCCUCACCCAGCCCUCGCCCUCACGGGCAUGUUCCCGGCACACCUUGGGAUCAUGAAACCUGGCCUCAAUGCCAUCAUGGGACCUCAGGACGGGAGCAGAUCUUUGUUAUUAGAUGUCUUAGCUGCAAGGAAAGAUCCACGUGGAUUAUCAGGAGAUAUUCUGAUAAAUGGAAAACCUCGACCUGCUAAUUUCCAAUGUACUUCUGGUUAUGUCCCACAAAAUGACAUGGUGAUGCGCACAGUGACUGUUAGAGAGAAUGUAGAGUUCUCAGCAGCUCUUCGAAUUCCAACAUAUGUAACAAGACAUGAAAAAAGAAAUCGAAUUAGUGAGGUCCUUGAACUUCUGCAUCUGGAUGAGGAGUCAAAUGUCAAGCCUAGAUCUAAGGAGCUCAGGAAGAGGACCAGCAUAGCAAUGGAGCUGGUUGCCGAGCAUCCCAUUUUGUUCUUGGAUGAUCCCACCACUGACUUAGACUUGAAAACUGCUACUGAUGUCAUCAAAGUCCUGAGAACGAUGUCUAUGAGGGGACGGACAAUCAUCUUCUCCAUUAAUCAGCCCCCGUACUCCAUCUUCAAAUAUUUUGAUAGCCUCACCUUAGUGGCCUCAGGAAAAGUCAUGUUUCACGGCCCUGCACAAGAGGCCUUGGAGUACUUCACAUCUGCAGAUUACAAGUAUGAUUCCCACAACAACCCUGCAGACUUCUUCCUGGACAUCAUCAAUGGAGGAUUCUCUUCUAUAUUAGAUACAGAGGAAGAUGGCCAUGAAGCCGACAAAUACAAAGAACUUUCUGAGAGACAGCACCAAGUCACAGAAACAUUAAGCAAUAUGUAUACCCAGUCCUCCUUAUACAGUGAAAUGAAAACUGAGCUGGAUUCACUCUUGGAGGAACAGAUGGCAGGGAGGACCCCCACCUUGGAGGAGAUCACCUGUGUCACCCCUUUCUGGCAUCAGCUCUGGUGGAUUAUCUGUCGGUCAUUCAAAAACUUUCAGGGUUUUCCCCGGGUCACUGCGAUUCAGACAAUUAUCAUAGUCACGAUGGCAGUGGCUGUGGGGACCACUUCACGUAUCCUAAGAAAUGAUUGUACUGAAGGUCAAACCAGAGCCAACCUGCUUUUCUUGCUCACCAUCUUCCAGGUUAUCACAAGCAUAUCUGCUGGGGAGCUCUUCGUGAUCGACACGGAUCGAUUUCUACAUGAGCAUACCAGUGGAUACUACAGCAUGUCAUCAUAUUUCCUUGGGAAAUUGCUGGCUGAGCUGGUACCCAGGAGGUUAUUGCCAAGUAUUACAUUUACUGUUAUCGUAUUCUUCAUAGCAGGGAUAAUAACAGAUGCAAAGGGUUUCUUCACUAUGUUGUUUACUAUCAUGAUGUUGGCAUAUUCUACCAGUUCCCUGCCGCUGUCUAUAGGAGCAGGGGAGAAUGCAACAGCUGUACCCACAGUACUUGUGACAAUCUACUUUGCAUUCAUGCUGUUUUUCUCGGGUCUGGAAAUAUAUUCAGGAAGCUCACUACCUGGGCUUUCAUUCAUUCAGUACUUUAAUAUUCCUCAUUAUGGAUUCACAGCUUUGCUGCACAAUGAAUUCUUGGGGCAAAACUUCUGUCCAGAACACAAAACAGCAGAAGUCAGUAGCUGUCGGAACUAUGUGAUAUGCACUGGUGAAGAAUUCUUGAUGAUCCUGGGCAUUGACCUCUCACCCUGGGGCUUCUGGCAGAAUCAUGUGGCCUUAGCUUGUAUAAUGAUUAUCCUCUUAUCCAUUACCUAUGUUCGGUUAUUAGCACAGAAGAAAGUAGAAGUUCUUAAGUCUGGCUGGAGGAAGUUUCAACAGUUGUUUAAAGAGAUGUGAUUCCAAACUAUUCUAACUACCUAUACUUAUAUUCAUGGACAAAUACUACAGCCAGCAUCACCCAGAUGAGAUUCCUACUGUAAUGAACUGUGAUGAGUGCAGAGACU